UGGUGACGGAGCGUAGCGAGUUCUCUCAGUGAACGCUUCUGACAGUUGAUGCUGGCUCGUUGGGAUAGCAAGAUAAAAGCGAAUCUGUGAAGAGCACUUCCAAACAGAAAGGAAAAUAACAAGAAAAUAAAAUUGGAAACAAAACAGAUGUUACAAUGGACACGCAACAACAACAGCAACAGAGCCAAACGAGCAACAACAACAUCAACUGCGACAGUGACAAUUGCCAGAAAAUUAAAAGAUUCGUGAUUAUCGGACUGCUGAUCACUAUUGGCAUACUGAGCUGGCAUUUCUAUGAGUAUUUCCACAGCAAACCACUGCCCACGGCACCAGAUGAUGUGCUGGCCUUGUCGCAGACGCUAUUUAAAGAAGAAGCUGCGGAAAAUCCAUAUCUCUACAAGGUGAAUCUGCAGGGCAAGACGAAGUCCGGCGCACAUGACGAUCGAGCGCCAGGACCACUCUUUGAGCUGCACAACGAUCUGCUGGCCAGAGAUAGCAAUUCCACGACGGCUCUGCUGCAGCGGCUCUUCAACAACUAUGAGCUGGACGUCGCCGUGCCGGAUGUAAUCACGGCGGAGCAUGAGCAAGAACAGCUGGACUUUCUGCGUGCCGUAAUGAACACACGCGUCAUGAAACUCUCAAUGCGUUUCUUAGCCAAAAAAGGCCUCGUCGGCAGUGACUACGAGGAACAGCUUAAGCUCCUCCAUGAGCUCUGGUUCACCCCGUAUUCCCGGGGUAAAGGCAUUUUGGGCAGCUCCAGCUUCGAGCACGUCUUCAUGGCGGAGCUUCGGGAUCAGAAUGUGCUAGGCAUGCACAAUUGGCUGUACUUUGCCGAGCAGGAGCAGCAGGGUCACGUGGACUACAAGGGCUGGUUGGAUCGGGAGGAGACGGGAAGACCCAAUCAAUUCGCGUUGGCCGUGCGCAUGAGCUUCUUUGGCAUCAAUAAGUCGUAUAUAAGCUUCUUGGUCGGCACUUCGCCAGAGCUGGAGCUGAGUCUAUAUACAGUGUGCUUCCUAGCAACGCCCAAGAAUGAGCCUUGCGAAAUCCAGCUGGACAAGGCCAAGUUGUCAAUCGUAUCACAUGUCUGGGAUUGGAAGGGCAAGAAACUGAUAGCGUCUGCCUAUGUGCAAUUUGACUAGAGGCCACAAUAUGAAUCUCAAUUAGCAAGAGUCG